AUGAAGAAAGUGUAUGAGGCAAUCAGGAGAAAAAGGAGACAAUCUGGUCAGGAAACAGGGCCAAGCUAUAGUAAUGUUGAGGAGAGGAGGAUGUGGAAAACUACCUGGGCACUACGAAUUAAAAGCAUGGUUAAAUUCUUUUUAUGGAGGUGUUGGGAAGGGUUUGUGGCCUCAAAACAACAACUGAGGAAGAAGGGUGUUGCCUUGGAUACCAAUUGCAAAUCUGAGAGACUCAGCUUUUUAGCACUUGUGUUGUGGGGAAUUUGGAUGAACAUGAAUGCUUGGCAGCUUCUUACAGAAAGGAGGUUGGAGUCGGAUAUUGUGAUGGAGGCUAAAUUGCACGGAACUGGACCUUCUAUCAGUGAAGGUACAUUCGUGCUAUACAGUAUUAUAAAAGAUUUAUAA